GACGAAGAGAACAGCAAGCGACUCCGCUGGAAUAACUAUCUGGCCUUCGACGCAAGAGCGACAUCUCCAAGCAGUCAAGCCUUUCAGAUAACGGUAUUGUUUCGGUAGCAACCAUUGAUUUUGAGCCGGUGAUUUGUUAGCCAUGGUCGUCCUCGCUGCUUCGAUAUGCACCCGCGGGGGCAAGGCAGUACUUUCGCGUCAAUUCCGGGAAAUCGCCCGCACGAGAAUCGAAGCUUUGCUUGCCUCGUUUCCGAAGCUGGCUGACUCGGGAACUCAACACACUACCGUCGAACAAGACAACGUGCGCUUUGUUUACCAGCCUCUCGAUGAGCUGUACAUUGUCCUCAUCACCAACCGCCAAUCGAACAUCCUACAAGACAUUGACAGCCUUCACCUUUUCGCCCAAGUGACCACUAGCAUUUGCAAGAGCCUGGAUGAGCGAGAGAUCACACGCAAUGCCUUCGAGUUGCUCAGCGCAUUCGAUGAAUUGGUGACGCAGGGAUACAGGGAGAACCUGUCACUUACUCAGAUCAAGGCAUUCUUGGAGAUGGAGAGUCACGAGGAGAGGAUACAGGAGAUCAUCGAAAGGAACAAAGAGCUCGAGGCUAGCGAAGAGCGGAAACGCAAGGCAAAGCAGCUGGAGAUGCAGCGAAAGGAGGCAGCUCGCACCGGUCGUUCCAUGGCCCCAAGACCCCCGUCUUACCCCGUAUACACUCCUCCGUCGCGUCCUGCUGCGCCCGAUACAUAUGAUAGCUACGAGGCGGAGAAGAAAAAGUCAUUUGCGAAGCCAUUGCCAACCCGUGGAAAAGGUAUGCAGCUUGGAAAGAAAUCGAAAGCUACGGAUAUCUACGAGAAGGUUCGGGGUGAUUUGGGUCCUGAGGCUGAAGAGUCGAGCCCCCUGGUGACCCCGCAAGCGUCGACUCCGGUGGCAGACAACGCUCCUUCCGCUCGUGCCUCCCUAUCUACAGACCGAGAGCCCAUCCAUCUUACUAUCGCCGAACAGAUCUCAGCUACACUUACUCGAGAAGGCGCUCUGAAGUCCUUUGAAGUCAAGGGUGACCUCCAGCUUCGUAUCACCGACCCGUCGUUCACCAAGCUCAAGCUUGACCUUCUCGCCAACCCUACGCAUGGCGCACAAUUCCGCACUCACCCGAAUGUCGACAAAGCGGUCUUUACCAACAGCUCGGCCAUUCAACUCAAGGAUACAACCAAGCGAUUCCCCGCCAACAACUCGAUUGGUGUCUUGCGCUGGCGUGUUGCUGGAGGAUCCGACAAUGCGGACAUUCUUCCCAUCACAUUCACUGUGUGGGUGAACAAGGGCUCCGAAUCAACCACUGUCACAGUUGAGUAUGAGCUCACCGGCUCGGACACUCUGCGUGAUGUCGUCGUUACCAUUCCAUAUGGCGCGGCAGAACCAACCGUAUCCAGCUUUGAUGCUGUCUACGAGGUUUCGGGAGACAGUCUAGACUGGAACAUCGGCACUGUGGACGAGAGCAAUGCAUCCGGCAGCUUCGAGUUUGAGACCGCAGGCGAGGGUGACGAGAACGAGUUCUUCCCCAUGAACGUGCGCUUCUCCAAGGCGGAACCCUUCGUCGAGGUUGAUGUCACAAAUGUUUCUCUUCUGGAGAUGGAAGGUGAAGCUACUGGCUUUUCCAAGGACGUGAAGACUGUCGCGGAAGGCUAUCUUAUUGAGUGAUUGAUAUAUUUGGGUGUAUAGAAUACUAAUGAUGUUCGGAUUUGCCCUUUGCGAAUACUGCGAUUUCUUUUUGGCAAGGGCCUUUUUCUUUUGUUAUUACCCAGAGUCUUUAUCCUGCUAUUCACCUCGUUCCCAGAUUUUAAAUACUGUAAGAGCUUUGUCUUAGUCCUAAAAAGAAUAAAGUGCAAAAUUAGGCAAGGGA